AGAGACGUAGACGAGGGACUGAUGUAAAGAAUAACACUUGUGACCAUAUGUUUAUUUGUUAAUAAUCAUUGAAUGUUUACGCAUAAAAAUAAUGUAAAACUUUUACACAAGAAAUUGGAGGUCAUUAUAAUUUUAAUGAGACAUUGUGAACUGGACCUGAAUGCAGCAUUUGAUCCCGCUGGCCUGCCGUAGUGCGUCAUAUGUUGACUUCUGCUGCUAAAGCUACUGAAAGAUAGGCAACGUUUUUAGCUGGAAGUGAACCAUAGAAAAAGAAAACCAUCUCGAAUUUUACGGCUGGUUUGUUGUCGCUAACGUGGCCGUUUGACAUGUCUUAAAGGAGAGGUGUUUUUGUUGGCUCAAAGUUACGUAUUAGUUGCCGCAUUCGUUACGACAUGCUCAUGUAGCUAGCUGGUUAGCUAGCUGGUUAGCUAGCUUGGGGGAGUUGAGACAUUACUGUGGGCUUCAGCUAACAGCAAAGGAGUGAGCUGAAAGAGAGCUCCAGAUGCGGCUAAAGGAUCCCUUUCCUCUGAAAGCCGCAGACAUGACAAAGCGGACAAAUAAACCUCGGAAACCUCGAGAUGAGGAGUCUUCAGACGAAGUCAGUGGACUAACAUGCCAGCAUGUAAAUAAAGCUGUGGACCUGAGCUCGGUGAAAAAGUCGGUCCUGUCGAGCGUGUGGCUGGUCUGCUCCGAUUGUCUGAGGGAGAGGACGAUGAUCGACGAAGAGUCGACCACAUCCCACGACAUCCUGGUGUGCCUAAAAUGUGGUUUUCAAGGCUGUAACCAGUCAGGAAUCCAGCACGCCGUCAAGCAUCACCAGACCUUCCAUCCAGAGUCGCACUGCAUCACAAUCAGCCUGAACACGUGGAAGGCCUGGUGCUUCGAAUGUAACGAGGAGCUCUCUACACACUGCAACAAAAAGGCUUUGGCUCAAACCCUCGACUUUUUACAGAAGCAUUCAGUCAAGGCAAUAUCAGCAGCAUCACCCAAGAUCAUCAAGCUACGAGAGGAAUCAUCGGAUUACGCCGAAGCACAGAGAGGAAAGAGUCCAGGCAUCAACAGCGCCUUGGUCCCUGUUAAGGGAAUCAUAAACCUCGGUAACACCUGCUUCUUUAAUGCAGUUAUGCAGAACCUGUCCCAGACGCACAUGCUCAUUGACCUCAUUCAGGAAGUGAAGGAGAAAGGCUACAAGCUGAAGAUCUGUCCGCCUGUCGAGACGAAUCUGAAUCCGCUGUCGGUGGUCUUGUGCAGUCCAGAUCCGCUGACGUCAGCCAUGAUUCACUUCCUGCAGAGCAUGAAGGAGCCAGGGAAAGGCCCUGUCAAUCCCAAAGUCCUCUUUAACCAGCUCUGCCAGAAAGCUCCACGCUUUAAAGGAUACCAACAACAAGACAGCCAGGAGCUUCUGCACUACCUACUGGACUCCAUUAGAGUACAGGAAACUAAAAGGGUGAAAGCAGCCAUUUUAAAGGCUUUCAACAAUCCAACAGAGAAGACGGCUGAUGAGGAGACCAAGCGCCAAGUCAAAGCAUAUGGCAAAGAAGGUGUGAAGAUGACCUUUGUUGACCGGAUCUUCGUAGGCGAGCUUACCAACACAAUAAUGUGUGAAGAGUGCGAGCAUAUCUCAACAGUAAAGGAAGCCUUCAUAGACAUCUCUCUACCCAUCAUAGAGGAGAGGAUAUCAAAACCUUCAAACCCUGGUCGUCUGGGGAAGAGCAGCCGGGAGCAGGACAGUGUUGCGGCUCACAAUGAGCAGCUUCUGUCUGCAGCGAACUCCGUCAACAAGAACUCCAGGAAGCUCAGCGGAGCGAAAAAACUCAACAGGAGGUCUUCCAGCUGUGUGGAGGAAAAGGGAGCAGCCUGUGGUGCUGAGCGGACAGAGGACGAGGCGGCGGCGGCCGGCGGAUCAGCACGUGGAGUGUCUGUGUGCAAAAUGGCGGCUGCAGGCAGCCUGUCGGACGGCAGCGAGAGAGAAUCCAGCGCUCAGGACAGUAGUAACGACGCAGACAGCGAGGCCUCUGAGAGCGAGUGGGCCCCGCGGGUCUCCAGUCAUGGUCACACCUCCACUCCAUCGCCCACAUCAACCCUCACUCCUUCGCCUACCCCUGUUUCUUCUUCCUCUCCUGCGUCGUCAUUGGCUUCCGCGAAACACUGCGGCGCCGUGGAUCAGCUGGUCAGCGCCGUCUCCAAAGCCAACCUGGGAUUCUCUCCGACGGACGCUUCAACUCACUGCUCACCGGAGGAGCAGGGAGAAAAUCAAAGCCGUGAUCAUCAUCUUCAUCACCAGGGAGCGUUCCAGGCUCUGUCCCACAGUUACACUCCUUCCUCUAAGGAGUGCUCCAUCCAGUCCUGCUUGCACCAGUUCACGUCAGUGGAGCUGCUGAUGGGCAACAACAAGCUUCUCUGUGAGAACUGCACUGAGCGAAGGCAGAAGCAGCUACGCAAAAGUGGCUCCACAGAUAAGAAAGUAGAGAAGAUUUACACCAGUGCCAGGAAACAGAUGCUGAUAUCCUUGCUGCCUCCUGUGAUCACGUUGCAUCUGAAACGUUUCCACCAGGCAGGGAUGAACCUGCGGAAGGUGAACCGCCAUGUCGACUUCCCUCUCCUCCUGGAUCUGGCCCCCUUCUGCUCUGCAUCCUGCAUGAACCUGGCUGCCGGCGGGCGCGUCAUGUACAGCCUCUAUGGGAUCGUCGAACACAGCGGCUCAAUGCGGGGCGGCCAUUACACUGCAUAUGUGAAAGUCCGUGCCCCUCAGAGGAGAACAGAACAGCGGCACAAGAACCUGUCAGGUGCAAAAGAUGCCUGCAGCAGCUCCCAGAGCCAGUGGGUGUAUGUCAGUGACACCACAGUUCAGACUGUACCAGAGUCCCGAGUACUCAGCUCUCAGGCCUACCUGCUCUUCUAUGAGGAAAUGCUGUAAUAAAAUCAGUCCAUGCGACUCCUCUCAAUAUCUGUACCUCUUUGUAUUAAUUGUUUGCUAAAAAUCCUGUCAGCCCCUCAAGCUGUUUGAUGGCAAGAAAAAAAAAGUGGGGGGCGGAAAUUUCUCUGCUUGCUGGGAUGGUUAACAUAAAAAGGCAUUUUCUGAUACAAUAGAUAUGCAAGAGAAAAUAAUUAAAAAUGCCAACAUUAUGUGGAUUUUAGCCAGAUUUUAAUUUCAGAUACUGCAUUCAAAGUGAAAGAGGUUAGGAGAGAAAUGUGCGGUAAACCUAAGCUGUUUAAUAUUUAUUAUUGGCCUCAGUUUGAGUUCCUGGCUUAGGGUAUAAAAUGCAUGAUGGAGUUGGCCACUGCGACUUUAGUUGCAGAUUGAAAGCAUGCUUAACUGCAAUAUGCCUCGACUUGUUGAUGUCAAUAAAAUGCGUGUGUGAGCGCACACCUGUCAGAGAACGGAGGAGUGAAAGACGGAUGAAUGUAGCUGAAAGGUGCUAUGUAUAUCAGGGAAGCUAUAGUAACUGAUUCAAUCUAACAGGUCGGUACUGUUUCCACCUCUAAGCUAACAGUCUGACCCACCCAGUGAUGCAUCCAAACUGUGCUUCUAAAGUGUAGGGUUGUCUAUAUUAAAAAACAUAAGACCACUGUUGGUGUUUUCAUAUAUUAUAAAAGGGGGAUCUUUGUUGACACAGAAGGUCAGAGUUACUAUUUUUUAGGAGGGCUGGUCAGUAAUACUAAGGAAAAAAGAGAGUAAUAUUUAAUCAACGUAUUCUUUUACCUCAUAUUUAUCUUUUUUAUGUUGCUUGAAAUAGUUCUUUUGAGGUGAGCGUUUGUCCCCACAUGUUUCACAUUGGAUUAGAAUUAGUCCAGUUAAAAAUGCAAAGAAACAAACUGAAGAAGAAAAGAUUUAGAAUUGGCUUUUUAGAGAUGAACCAAUCAGGGACCCUGUGGCUGAUUUCCAAUCAACAAUUUUAGAAAAUUCUGAGCUGCUAAUUUUAACCAAUUCAUAUGAUGGGUAGAAAACCAAACCAAAGUACCUAUCUGCAUUAAGAUUGCUGCAGGGUAGAAAUCAGAGCUCCCUGUAAAACGGAUUAUAAAUCAUUUGUAUCUAUUUGCAUAGAGGUGGACCAUAUCACAAGAGAUUCCUCCAGUUAUGUCUGGCUUUUAAUAUAUAAAAAACAUUUUGAGUUAUGUUGGACUGCUAAAAUAUUUAACUGAAAAAAACUUGAAACAGCUUAACAGUUAUUCUUAUUAAUAAUUUACAUAGGCAAAUUCACUGUGUGAGACGUGUGAAGUCGAUAAUACGGUGAAAGAGAAUGCUGCAGUCAAUCAGGAUUUCACUAUUUAGUAUAAAGACAAAAGACUAUCUUAAGUAUUUUUUUAUAGCCAAUAGUGUGGCUAUUGUGACUAACUGUAAACAGCAGAUGCUGUAGAAUAAUUAAAUAUCUGCCGCAACUAAGAGUCAGUAGAAAUAUUGCUGAUAUUUUUUUAUCCACCAUGAUCUAAGACAUUUUGGACUUAUUGAACAAAAUGGCAACAUCUUCUGUUUUUUGUUGAAAAGUUAACCCAUGUUAAAAUAAAUUAAAUUCCCUUCCCUCUAGAGGCUCCUUUUGUCCUCCCCUCAUAAAAAGUCACAGAUACUUAAAAGAUGUUAAUUUUCUUCUUUCCAAAACUUCUACACUGAAGAUUGUUGAGGCUGCUUGUUGGAAUCCUGGUAUUGGGGAAUUGCUGAUCGGAAAACAGCCUCUGGACUCUAGGGUCAAUUUUUUCCAUUAUUGUUGCAGACAAAGAUUAUGUUCUUUAAAUGGAAAUUUGAUAUAUAAAAUCUAAUCCAGAAAUGAAACUUUUUAAUCAUAAAUAUCAUAAUCAAAAAGGUCUUAAGAGUAACUUUGCUGUUUUCUAAGAUUGUUUUAUUUUAUUUAUUUUUUAUAUCUUUUUCCGGUUGAGUUUUACAAAUCACUGUCAUUGUCUUCUCAGGGCGGGCUUUCCUGUGGAGUAGAGAUCAGUUGUAUUGGUCUGCAUGAACGUUAGCAUUUUUAUUGGUCAAGAGCGAGCAUUUAAUCCAAACAUGCUAGCUCAAUACAAAUGCUCAUUAUUGUGAGUAAAGAUAAGGUGGUCUGUCACAGAAUUUGAAAAGAAUUCAAUUAGUAAAACUGGAAAAUGUUAAAUCUGUACAACAAACCUAAAAA